AAAAUUUAUCAUAACUUUUUAAAAAAUGUAUGAAUGAUAAAAAAAUUUAUCAAUUUCAUUGGUAUUGACAAAGUGUUCGAUUUGCGCAAUUGUUUUCAACAAACACUAUAUUAUUAAAAUGGUCCUUAAUAUAUAAAUACGGUAAAUGAAUUAAGACCACUGUGAUAUUUAUAAAAAAUUAAGCUUGGAUUUACUAAAUAACAAGUACUAAACUUAUUAACAUAAUAAGCUAUACACAUUUGAUUUUUUGUAAUGAAUAUAACAAUUUAUACUUUUGUUUUAUUCAUUAACAUAUGUUAUUCACUGGAUAUGAAAAACCUUUCCUAUGAUGAAGUAAAUGAGUACAGGAAACAAAAUUCAAAUCUGAUGGAAUUGAUAAUAUUACCAAAUACAAUUUACACAGAUCCAGAUACUGUUCAAGUAAUUGAUGAACAUUUAUUUUACAAUAAUGACGACAUCGAUGUCGUAGAUAAAAGUAAACCUUACAGAGGAACAGCUCCUGUGGGUUUUUACGUUACGGAAGUUAUCGGGAAGUCUCUGGGUCAGGUGUUGAAAGAAACUAUUGACGAGAGAGAAGAUCUCUUUGAAGGAAUGGUUUGGAUUAGAAAUGUUAUCGAAAGCAUAGGAAUCUCAGCCAUGUAUCGCUUUUGUGUGAUUUCAUCAAAGAUUGCGACACCAAUUGCAUCGCGUCGCAUUGUUUUUCUUCUUGCACAAAGUAAAAAAUUUCUUUAUUUUUUAAAAGGAAAGUUUAUGAAAUAUCAAUUACGAAUUGAACCAAUUGAUGAAUUACUAUCAUACAUUGAUGAUGUUAUAAAUGCAGGAAAAGUUAAUUUCUCUGUAAAAUAUAAAUAUAUUGAAUCAUGUGGUAAUUUUAUGAAUCGUUACAGUAAAUGUAUAAAUUUGGUGAAAUUGUUUGAUUAUUCGUCUAUUUACAACAUUGAUCAUGGUACUAGUUUAAGAAAUGAAUUAUUUUUCACACUAUCCUUCACAAAUUAUCGAUUAUGUAAUUUUUUACAAGAUAAAGCUGUAGAAGAAUGUAAGUUAAAAUUAUGUAAAAAUUCUAUAGUUAUGGUUUUUUUAAAUUAUUAAAUACAUA